AUGGAGGAUUACAAUCUGCAGCUUGGGGAACACGCAAAUUCGAGAGGUAGCAGCAGCAGCAGCGUGAAUUUCUUAUACGGGCCGGGCGGGCCGAUCCUUGGGCCCGGAUCUUCUGCGGGAGCCUUUCAUCUCCACCAAACAUCAGACUGUUACGAUAAUCAUCAUCAUCAUCAGGGCCCGAUCGUGAAAACUGAAGGCGGAAGCAACUCGAAGUUCAAUUAUCAUCAUAAUCAUAAUCAUAAUCAUAAUCAGCAUAAUCAUAAUCAUGGUCCGGCUGUAAUAAGAGGGCAUUUUGAGGGUCAACUGAGAGUGGACGAAAUUGAUGCAAUUAAGGCCAAAAUUAUUGCGCAUCCUCACUACUCCAAUCUUUUGGAAGCCUACAUGGACUGUCAAAAGGAGAAGUGCGAGGGUGUGGGUUCAUCGGAGGAAGAAAUGAGCGGUGGUGAAUUGGGAUCAGUUGGGGAGAUCGACCCACGUGCAGAGGAUCGUGAGCUUAAGAACCACCUUUUGAAAAAAUACAGCGGCUAUUUAAGCAGCCUCAAGCAAGAGCUCUCCAAGAAGAAGAAGAAAGGCAAACUUCCGAAAGAUGCGCGUCAAAAGCUCAUCAACUGGUGGGAACUACAUUACAAGUGGCCAUAUCCUUCGGAGUCGGAGAAGGUGGCAUUGGCUGAGUCAACCGGGUUGGACCAGAAACAGAUAAACAAUUGGUUCAUUAACCAGAGAAAACGGCAUUGGAAGCCUUCUGAGGACAUGCAGUUCAUGGUGAUGGAGGGCCUCCAUUCCCAGACUGCAGCAGCCCUUUACAUGGAAGGCCAUUAUAUGGGUGAAGGCCCGUACAGGCUGGGCCCGUGA